AGUUUGAGCCCAGAGAGAGGCUGUGCUAAUUUAAAGGCACUGUCCCAAACUUGAUGCUGUAAAGGGAUGUCAAACAAGACACCACGACAGCCACGUAAGCAGUGAGGUGUAAACACUGAAGGGGAACGUGGGUCCAUGUAGCAGUCCAGGUGUGCUCCCACAAGCUGGAGGCCUCUUCUGUUACAAUGCAGCCUUCUUACCAUCAUCAGGUGAGUAGAGAAUGAUGUUUGAUCUGUAACUAAUAAACUCUCUUCUAAAGCAGCCACAUAUUCAUAAAGAUGCUUUCAUUGCAUUUAUUUCUGCUUAAAUGUAUCAAGACUGAUUAAUGGAGAGUAUGUGUGGUGAGUCACAUGGCCAUGGUUUCCAGUGCAUCGGCCCACUGGUUGGUUGUUCAGAGAGUGCAGCACUGUGCUUCAUUAAACUCCAUGUGAAGGUAUUUUCGAGGGGAAGUAGCAUUCCUCAGGUUCACUAAGCUCUGACAGCUCCUGGGGUUCCUGCACACACUGUUACGCUGCCGGGUGGACUGUCUGCAGCAGCGCAGCAGAAGUGCUGAUAUCUGACCCUCUCGGAUAAAGGUGGAAACAAUGAAAGUGAGAAUGGCUGGACGAACACAUUUGGAGGUUUCGGAUGUGGCGCUGGGUUUCCUCCUGCUGUGCUCUGUAACGGGCUUGUUGUUGAUGGAUCAGCAGAGAAACGCCGAGGAUGAGCAGGAGCUCGACAAAGCUAUUCUGGAAAUGCUGCAUAUCAACAAAGUGUCAGCAAGCCACCAUGCUAAACCACAUCCUUACAUGAGGAAGGUUUACCAGAAGCUGGACACGCUGGAGGUGCAGGAUUUGGGGAAAUCAGACGGGACGCUGGUGCAGGGGUUUCGGAGUGUCAGCGGCCCGCAGGGAUGGAUCUGGUUCAACAUCACCAGCUUGAGCCCCUUCAUGAUGGGUGCAGAGCUGGUCCUGUUCAGGAAAGCCCUCCACCCUCAGCCGCUCAGCGUGUCUGUCACUCUGCACAGUGUCAUUGCUUCACGAGGACGCCUGGACGAACGUCCCGUCCUGGAGGAGAGACAGCUGGCCCUGGACCAGCGGCCGCCGUCCGGCUACGACGUCUUCGAUGUGUCUGCUGUGCUGACUGCGAAGCCCGUGGAGGCUCUGGGCUUCCAGCUGCGCUACACGGAUGAGAGCGGGAGUCUGGUGCUCCAUGAAGCCCUGACACAGAGUCUGUACUGUCUCCACAGAGGCUCUCUGAGCGAACCCUUACUGGUGCUCUACCAGGCACACCCUCGCUCGCUAACAUCAGUCUAAUGUAGGUGGAGCCGCCCACCUAUGGCUUUAAAGCUACUUUACACGUCACAGACAGUCACGUAGGAGCACGGCAGCACUGAGGCGGGAGCUCUGGACAUUUCUGAGGUUAAAUUGUGCUCAAAGAUUUUUAGGUAACAUUUGCAUUUUGUUUUUGUAAGACUGCUUAAUAUUAAUAAUGCACAUGUAAUUAUUCCCUGGGGAACAGCUCGUGUGCUGAAUCAGUAUUAGGGAGCUGACACUGUGGCCUGCAUCAGAGGAUGAUGUAAACAUCAGCAGCGUCUGCAGGCGGCUCUGUUCUGUGUCAGCGGAGCUGCUACGUCAGCAGCUGGAGCUCUGUGGUGUAAAGCUGUUACUGUCUUCUUCAUGUCAGCUGUCUUUACACUCGCACAGAUCCUCUGCCGCUCACGCCUCACAUGAAACGACUGUUCCUAAAUGUUCUUCUGCCUAUUACAUCACUUCUAUCCACUGUUGCUUUGACCUUUAACCUCUCUUUAGAACUGAACUGAAAUAAACCCUCAGCAUAAAGAACGAACUGUGGCUGUGCUUGGUUUCUGCUGACUGUGGUUACCGUGAUGGAAAACUAGUCAACAUGUUAAAGGAACUAGUCAAAGGGAAAAUGAGUUGGUGAGGAAACAAUAUGUGUACACAUCCUUCCUUGAUAUACAGAAAAGGAAAUGAAACGUUUUAAGGCUGACGACAGAUCCUUGGAGAGAUUUGAAACUCACUUUAACGGAACAGAAACAACACAUCGGGAACAGAGAGAGAUGUGCCAGCAUUGUCCCGGCUCGUAGGAGGAGCUGUGUGGCUGCUCUGAUGUGAGGAAGCUUCAUUAAUGGAGGUGGUAAAUACACAGCGACAAACAGAACUGAGUAAACCUAAACUGGGAAAACUAAAGAGCUGAAAUGAUAACCGAACGGGGAGAAGGACAGAGAGACGCAGGGAAACCACUCAGGAUGACGGAGGAGAUUAAUGCAGACGAGCAACAGGC